AUCGCCAUGAGAUCCUACUUGCAAUGGGCCGCUAUUGCAGCGGCAGUACACUCCUGUGCAGCCCAGACCUACACCAGCUGCAAUCCCCUGAAGAAAACUUGUUCAGCAGACAAAGGCCUGGCCAAGUACAGCCUCUACAGCGAUUUCACAUCGGAGUCUGGACUGGACCGAUGGAAUACGACUUCUGGCACCGUGACAAGCACAGAUCUCGGUGCAAAGUUCACCAUCAAAGAGGAAGGCGAUGCCCCCACAAUCGAGAGCGAGUUCUACUUCUUUUUUGGCUACGUUGAAUUCAAGAUGCGGGCUGCCAAUGGCACUGGUAUUAUCAGCACCAGCGUGCUGGAGUCCGAUGACCUGGAUGAAAUCGAUUGGGAGCAAAUCAGCACCUAUGAUGAUGAGAUUACAACCAACUAUUUUGGGAAGGGAAACACCACCUCCUAUGACCGCGCGACUACUGUCACCGUAAGCUCCCCUGAAGAAACCUUCCAUACCUAUGCUGUCAACUGGACCCCCAGUAAGACGGAGUGGUUUGUGGACGGAACCCUUGUGCGGACUCUGGACUACGCCGAUGCGGUCGAUGGCACCAACUACCCCCAGACUCCGAUGCGGAUUAGAAUUGGAAUUUGGGCUGGUGGGGAUCCCGAUAACUCAGAGGGUACUAUUGAGUGGGCCGGUGGUGAGACGGACUACGACGACGGACCGUUCACCAUGUAUGUCGAGUAUGUCAAAGUGAUCAAUUACAACCCAGCCGAGUCUUAUAGAUACACCGACAAGACUGGCUCCUACACCAGUAUCCUGGCGAGCAACACGACGUCUUCUUCAAACUCAACCAUUGCCUCCUCAAGCUCCUCUAUACCCUCGGGCACCAGGGCUGCGACCGCCACAAGCAGCGUUGUCCGAAGCGCAACUGCCUCCUCGGGUGCC